ACAGAGAGACGGACGAGUGUCACGAGUCCUGCUCCUGCACACACGCAUUUAAUCCGGCAGAGCCGUCGAUCCUGUUCUUUCGCUCCUAGCUCUUCGUGGUGCUUUGUUGACCGUUUGGGCGGUACGAUGCAAACGAGACGCGGCCUGCCGUUCCUGCUGCUGCUGACAUCGCUGUGCUGGUGCGUCCUGGCCGAGGACCACCACAAACGUGUUCCCUCCGGUUUCACCGGAGUGCGCGGCAAGAAGUCCAUACCGGAGGGCGCGUAUGACGAGCAGGACGCCCCCGAAGCAUCGAAGACGCUCGAGGAACCGCAUCCGGAGCAACAAAAGGUGGAGAAGCGAGCGCCCAGCGGGUUCAUGGGGAUGCGCGGCAAGAAACCCUACAGUUACGGGGAACCGUGGGAGGGAAGUUAUCAGUUCCAAGAUGCGGUUUACAAGAGGGCGCCCAGCGGGUUCAUGGGCAUGAGGGGGAAGAAAGACAAUGAGCUCUUCGGAUAUGACGAAUAUCCAAAGAGGGCUCCGUCAGGAUUUAUGGGAAUGCGUGGCAAAAAAGAAUACGACCCCUUUGAGUACUACAACGAAAAAAGGGCUCCAAUGGGCUUCGUUGGAAUGAGGGGAAAGAAAAGCUACGAAGACGAAUUUGUGGAAGAUAAAAGGGCGCCUCAGGGAUUCUUUGGAAUGCGUGGCAAAAAACUGCAGAGAACGUCCGGUUUCUUCGGCAUGAGAGGUAAGAAGUACCCGUACGAGUUCCGAGGAAAGUUUGUAGGAGUUCGAGGCAAAAAAGAUAUGACCGAUGCGGAUUUGUACAGGAACGACUACUUGGCUAGAUUGGGAAACGUGCCCAAUUUGGAUAUGAAUCAGCUUCUGUUGCUGCUGACCGAAAAGAAUGACGAAUAUGAGGCGAAUCAGAUAGAUGUUGCGGACGAUGAGAACCGUAUCGCUGAAAAGUAAUUAUUUUAAGGAAUUUCCACAAAAUCAGAACCUUCUUGUCGUCUGUAAAACUUCUAGUCUAAAUAGUUAUAGAAAUAAUCAUUAAAAAUAAUAAAAAUUAUGUAUGUACAAGCUUGAGGACGUACUUUGGAUUUGGAUCUUCUUGAACGGAGUUCAAAGUUCGUCCUAUCAAUAUCCAUCACCAAAAAUAAUAACGGGGUUUUGAAUAAUGCCUAUGUUUGAUUUAUCGAAAAUUUGUUUAAUGUUUGGUUAAUGUAUGGUAUUUUGGAGGGUCCAAGGGGCUGGAUUCGGAUCCGCCAAUCUUACCUCAAAUUUGUUUUUUUUUUUUCGGGAAAAUUGUAACGCUAUAUGAAAAAUUUUGUUCCGUCCUCUGAUCUUCUGUUUAACUUCUAACUUCUAAAUUAAUAACACAUAUCAUAUGAAUUCGCUUUUGUCAAAAAGUGUGAAUUGAUGGAGACGUGACAAAACUUAUCUUUGAACAGUUCUGAAUUAAUAUGAAAAUCCUAUUCUAUUUUAAUGUAGAUAGAUAAAUGAAGAAGUUAUAUUUAAGUAUUGAUUAUGUAAUAGACUAUAUUCUGUUAAUAUAUUUAUUGUGACUUACAAUUAAUAAAUAUUAUUAGAGUUUGAGAA